GGCUGGCUGCUUCAGCCGCAGCCCCAGAGAAUGAAUGAAAUUGAAAUUGCUGGUAUAUUACAUGUACAAUACCGGGGACUGCAGUCUUACAUUGUAUCAUUCUAUAUCAAAAUGGCCACAGCGGUCCAAAAUCCUCUGAAAUCGCAAUCAAGUGGAACCGUCAUAAAGAACAGCCUUGGUGAGGAGUUCUACCGUGAGGCCAUCGAGCACUGCCGCAGUUAUAAUGCUCGACUUUGCGCUGAACGCUCCAUGCGUCUGCCAUUCCUUGACUCCCAAACAGGCGUAGCACAGAGUAACUGCUACAUAUGGAUGGAGAAGACCCACCGAGGGCCAGGUGUUGCUCCAGGGCAGCUUUAUACUUAUCCUGCACGUUGCUGGAGAAAGAAGAGACGAUUAAACAUCUUAGAGGAUCCACGGCUUGGACCCAUCGAGUUUAAGAUUGACUAUGAGGCAUCCCUAAAGAAGGAAGGGGGUGUUCCUGAGGGUCCAGUGCUGGAGUCCCUCCUUAGUGGAGAACUGCUUGAUAAGAAGGUUGAGACCAAGGAAGAGGAACCCAUGAGUGAGUGCCAGAAGCUGCUGGUGGGGGAUUUUCCUCAUGAGCUGGACGUGGAGGAGAUGGAGGAGGACAUGCCCAAACGCAAGAACCGCACCAAAGGACGGGCAUGUGGUGUCGGAGGGAUGAGAAAGAGACAGGAACCAGCAUCCCUAGAGGACAGAGACAAGCCAUAUGUGUGUGACAUUUGUGGGAAGCGCUAUAAGAACCGCCCAGGUUUGAGUUAUCACUACACUCACACACACCUGGCAGACGAGGAGGGUGAGGAAGACUCAGAACGGCACACACUGCCCUUUCAGCGCAAGAACAACCACAAACCCAAAAAAGCAGCUGAUGGCUCUGUCAUCCCCAACGGCUACUGUGACUUCUGUCUAGGAGGCUCUAAGAAAACCGGCUGUCCAGAAGAUCUAAUUUCCUGUGCGGACUGCGGCCGAUCAGGGCAUCCAUCAUGCCUGCAGUUCACCCUCAACAUGACGGCAGCAGUGCGGACCUACCGCUGGCAGUGCAUCGAGUGCAAAUCGUGCAGCUUGUGUGGUACAUCAGAGAAUGACGAUCAGCUUUUAUUCUGUGAUGAUUGUGACAGAGGGUAUCAUAUGUACUGUCUAAGUCCCCCCAUGGUGGAGCCUCCUGAGGGAAGCUGGAGUUGCCAUCUGUGUCUGCGCCAGCUAAAGGAAAAAGCAUCUGCCUACAUCACACUAACCUAAUCUCCAUGCCCUACUUCACCCUACCAGUCUCAUCCUCCUCUAUCCCACCAUCACGGAUCCAAAGAGACUCCCCCAACAUCAACGAGAAAAAAUAAAUACUUUUUUUCCAUCUGCCCAUUGCCUGUUUGGUAACUGCAAUGAAGACGUAGGGUUCAACCUGGAACGAUUAACACCAUUCCUGACAGUCCCUCCAAAGAGCUCUUUUCUGCACGGAACUGAGGGGUUUUCUACUUGCCUAACUCUUUCAACUGUGGUUAGACAAGUAAUGCCAAUUGAUGUGUUAUUGAGGAGACAUUUGCUUGAAGCACUUCAGUAGGAGGAGACUCUAUGACAUCAUUAUAUGAUGCACCAACUGCAAGUGAGAUGAUUUUUUCUCAUGAUCUCACCACAGGUUUUGAUUUGUUUAGCUAUGAUGAGAGAAAGUGGUAUAAACGUACCAUUGAUUUUUUUGCAGUAUUGUUACAAGCAGACACCAGCAUGUAAUUUGACCUUGUUUAGUUAUUGAAUUUUCCCUUAUUCUUGCUAUUAGACUUAUGUUUGAAAGUUUAAUGAAUUCUUCAAUGAUUAAUAACCCUUCAGGGUAUACAUUUUAGUUACCCUUACUAAAAUAUGUUUUUUUUCUUUCUUCAAAUUACCCACAAUUUUGCAACAUGGUCUCAUAGAAUCACGCUACUAUACCUGCAUUUUUGUAAAAUGAAUUUUUACGUGCCUUGUAUUAUUUAUUGCUGCACUUUCCUGGUGAAAUGAACACUAGAGGAGCUACAACGGCAAUAGCUUUUAUUUCCUUUCAUAAAAAUCACAAGUAAAAAGAGUCUUGAAAAGUACUGUUUUCAACAUUUGGUAAAUUGCCAGGUUUCACAAACAGUUAAUCGUUUUUCCGUUGGUAUGCGGGAAUAACUAACUUUUAUUGCAAUGGAAUUUCCUCAAACACUACUCAAAAUAGAGUCAAAUAAAUUGCACAGUGACCUAUGAGGCUAAAUAGCACAAUACAUAGAUCCUCAAAUGAUAAAAUACAAUUCCUAAAAUCAAGCCCUGAAAAAUUCCUCAGUUCAAAACAACCUUUAAUCACAUUUAAUGGCGUAACAGACCUAUGAAUGCAGCACAAUGAAUGAAAACAAUGCAGGCGUUUUGAGACGCAAUUAUAAAAAUGAAAGCCCUUUUUACCUUUAAUCUGUGUCUAAAAAUGCGCCGAAUCUGCAUGAGAUGUGUCAAAGAGUCCGUCCAGCGUGUGUGUAUCAAUAUAUAGAAAAUCAGCUCCUAACUCGCCCUAUACUUGAAAAGCUGACCCAAACCCCUGUUGGAAAACCAGACAGUUUGUCGGAACUCGUAGAGUUAGGCUCGGGUUAAAGACCUCUAUUGCAUGUGUAGAAUAAUAGCAUAGUGAUUUUGCUAUUCAAAUAGUGGUGCGUCGAACUUUUUACUGAAUGUCGACUAUCCAUGCACAUCUAUAUUGAAGAUCUUGCAUGCAAGACAAGUUGACACGUGAGCCAAAAGAGUCAAAGAAACUCAACAAAAUGACGUGGUUACUUCAUCAAUUGCAUUUGUCAUGUCUCGUUUGCUUUUUCUGACAAUAUCGGUUAGGUUUAAGAUUUAGGGUAGGGAGGUAGGCUUUGCUAUUUUAAAACUCAAUAGAGCAUUAACCUUAAAAACCUCAACUGUUUGGGGGAAAAUUUUACUCGCUUUUAGCACCACUCUGUGUAAAUUUCACCUUGGAACUGCCACAAUAGCCUAUAUGUAAGGAACCCGUAAUAUCAUUUUGCGAAAAUGUCGCCACAGUCACGUAAUUUACAUGAGAUCAGGCUGGCAAUUUAACACAUCACUCUAAAUUGAAAGGUUUCAAAUUAUUGCUAUAUCACAAACUUAGUCCGUGUGUAAGUCAAUAACUUUUGACUAAGGGAAUUAAGUCUUAUUGCUGCAACAUAUUGUUGUAUUCAUACAUAGAUAUCCCUUUAUUAAGAAGGUUUGAGGUGCAUCAUCCAGAGUCAAACUUGCUCCGAAUAAAAAUUGAAAAGAAAGAAAAUUUGAUUUAAAAAAAUCACCUGAUUUCUUCUGUAGGCUACUUCCAACACGCUCCCCACGACCUCUUCCUAUUCCUUCUGAAAAAGCCAACAUAAAAAUUCCCUCUCAGUCAGGGUGCAUUUGUAAGAGUGUAUAUUUAUCAGACAAUGUCUGUCCUUGUUUUAAAAACAGGGCGUUAAAUGUUCGAUUGUUCUCUUUUUUUAUGAUGACUUGCUUGCAUGUUGUAAUAGUAUUGUUUUUAAAUAAAUAAUUUAAGGACAAAAAAUCGAAGAAAGCACACUUAAUCUGCAAUAACAUUUUUGUGUUUGUGACCCUCUCUGGGGAAGUUGCGUCUGUAUGUAUGUGCGCUUUAAAACUCUUGUGGAACUUUGAAACUGUAAACAACAGACUGUAGUGCGCUGAGUGUUAAAGAGGGGAGGAGUUUGUGAAAUUUCUGAUGCUUUCAGAUGCCACUGUAAUUCUCAAGAUUUGAUUUCCUGGACAAACUGAAGACCAGCUUGAAGACACGUUUUUAUUUCUGGUCUCUCUGGAGAGGCAUUUUUCCUUUUUGUGUGGCAAGAAAAUGUUGCGCCUCUUUUGUAGAAUGAGCUAUCUGUAAGUCUGCUUUCUGUUCAGAGACUUGCUACUGCAGCCUGCUUAAAAGAAGAAAAAAUGUCCAAAUCAGUCCAGAGGAGUGUUUUGGGGAUUGCAGCAUGUGUGUGAGAGAGAUUGUGCUGAGGUGACUGUUUUUUACCCAAAGUCCCCUCUUAUCCGUGGCCUAACUGAAAAGACUGCCUGCCAUUUUCUCUACUCCGAGUCCUUGAGCUUUAAGUUGCUUGACAUUUGCUGUAAAUAGAUAAUGCAUUGUCUUUUCAGAAUCAGUCCAUGUUAUAAACUUAAGUGAAAUGUUCCAUGUGCGUUAAUAUAUUAAAAUGUGAAAACAGCCUUUUCUACGCAGUUAGUGUAAUAUUAAUCCAUGUUAUUGGGUUACAGUAUUUCUAUUUUUGUAUAGUUUUCCAAUUUAUGGUUUCAACAAGCACUACACCAUUGGUAACUAUAAUGCCAGAUAUGUACAUUAGGCAAUAUUUUAAAUUCUUUUAAAAAGAGUUGUAGAAGUGUUUCGUCUUCAGUAGAAAUUGUGAUUUCACAUUUUGAUAUUUUGAUUUUAAACCAACUAGUUAUUUUCACAGAUCUCCUUGUUGUACUUAUGACUAUUUUGCACAGUUUGUGUGAUUGUUUGGGUGAGGGCACUCUUAGCAUUUUCAUAGUGAAAUUUAAGCAAUGAGAUGAAAUUGUUGACACUGAUGUCGAUACACAAUAAUUACACAUGGAAUGUGUUGAUUCUG